AUGGAACCAUGCACGACUGUAGGCACCCAGCCUACGCAACUGAAUGCGCAGAAUACCAGCGAGCAGCUGCCUACAUCCGCAGCAUCACCCAAUAUUAAUAACAACACACCCUACGUAAUUGCGAAAGUCAACAAGGCGCAAAACGUUCAGAUAAAUACAGUGUUUAACUCAAACGAAGAACCCAUCAGAUUUUUACAAAUCAAUAUGCAGCGAGCCAGGGCUGCGGUCGCUCAGACAGUUCAAUUCGCAAUUGAUAAUAAAAUAGACUUUAUCAUAGGUCAAGAGCCAUAUACCCGCGAUGGCGCGGCAGCAGGUUUUCCAUUGCAAUGGACAGUAUUUCAAAGUUCCAAUCACGACCAUCCACCAAGAGCUAUAAUAAUAAGCUGUAAUCCAGACUGGUCUCCAACAUCUAUCUCACUCGAUCAAGAUCAUGUAGCAGUGCUCGUAGAAGUACAUUCCUUCUCUGUUAUCUUAGCGUCGAUCUAUUCUCCUCCAACAGCGGAUAUUGGCCCGACGACAAGAUUCAUCCAAAGUGUCAUACAUCGAUUUAAAAUCCCAAAUAUGAUCUUCGCAGGCGAUUACAAUUCACAUAAUACGGCCUGGGGAUAUCGAACUACAGACCCGAAAGGGAGAGAACUAGAGGACUUCAUAUCCUCAAGUAAUCUAAUAGUCCAGAAUACAGCAGAUGCACCACCAUCCUUCGACAGGGUCUUUGCGCAGGGAUGGCCAGACCUCACCCUGACCACUCUGCACGUAGCACCUCUUUUGCAGGACUGGAAAGUCGAAGAGGAAGAGAGCCUCAGUGAUCACAAGUUCAUUACCUUCUCUAUAUCGCAGACCACCUCCGUGUCCAAGAUCAAACGCUAUAACCUUCCUGGCCGAAAAUUAACAACAUUUACGAAGAAAAUUAAAGUGCAGCUAAUGCGCCUCGAACCUUCGCUCCAACUAGCUAACACGUCAGCAGAAUUAGAAGACUUCUCCGUAACAUUACAAGAAACAAUGCAAGCCAUAUGUAAUGAAAAUCUCCCUCUUAGAAAACCUAAGAGACUCCAAGGCAUUCACUGGUGGUCGAGUGCGCUCAGAAUACACAGCAACGAAAGUGCAGAGCACCUGCGAAGAAACUCAAAAGCGAAAGACGGUUGGAGAUAG